GACAAGAAAAAAGGGAAGAAAGAAAGAAAUAGAACAGUCCUUAUAAUGUCUAGAAAAACGGAAGAGUCAAUUUGAUUACUGAUAAUCCGUCAUGUUCAUACAGAUCAGAAAAUCCCAAGAAGACCUUCCAGAAUUCCUUCCAGAAUUCCAUGCUUCUAUUUUACUGUAUGUAUGUGCGAUGAAAGGCAUCUAAACCAAUCACCUACCACUGACAACUCCAUCCCUUCUUCUUAUUAUCCCCGUCCGUGUACUCUCUACGGGAAGCUGCAGGACUUUCUUGUCAUUUGUGGGUUUGGGUUUUUAAGAAGCGUCAGUGCUGGUGUCAGAAAGCUCCCUCUCAGCUUAGAUUCAGACUCACAUUUUGCUCCUGUUCAGAAAACCCAAGUUAGAAAUAACUUAUUUGGGUUAUUAUAAAACUCGUUUUUUUCCUGAAAACUGGGUUUGAUCUGGAUUUUACUACAUGGGUUCUACUUGAUUAUAUUUUUCUUGGGUUUUCGUUAGGCCAGAGAUCUGAGAGUGUGGGUUCUGUUUCUUUCUCUAUGGAUGAGGUAUGGUGAAGGGAUUUCAAAGAUCUGGAAUUUGAAUGUUGCCUUUGGGGAUCCAAUCAUAGGAAGGCAUCUGGAUAUCCGGAAAGAUGGCCUCAGAUCUUAAUGCGGAAUUAUCAAAGAAAACUGCCAUUUUUGGUCUCAAGGUCUGGGAAGUAAUUGGGAUUGUAGUCGGAUUAUUUAUUGUAAUUAUCCUCUCCUUGCUGUCCUUGUGUCUAACAUCGCGGAAGAAAUCAAGAACUAGGGACAAGAUCCCUCUUAGCCAAAUCCCAGCUGUUUCAAAGGAAAUCAAGGAAGUCCGAGUUGAGCAAGUAUCAACGGAUGAAUUUGUUCCUCGUGAUGGAAUUCUUCUCACAAUUCAUGACAAAUCCAGCGACAAAGAAUCAGAUAAGGUUUUGGUCCAUCUGGGUAUGGGAAUGAAGAAUGGUGACAAUAGCAGUCAGUCAGGUUCGUUUAAUCACUUCGAGAAAGAUGGUUGUGGAUCACAAUCUGGAGAAGAAGGUAGUUCUGGCAAGGUUGCUGUGUACAAGCCUUCCUCUUCGUAUCCUAUAACUGCUCCUUCCCCUCUCUCUGGCCUGCCUGAAUUUUCUCACUUAGGUUGGGGUCACUGGUUUACAUUAAGGGAUCUUGAUCUUGCUACAAAUCGGUUUUCUAAGGACAAUGUUCUUGGUGAGGGAGGAUAUGGAGUUGUUUACCGAGGGCAGUUGAUAAAUGGUACUCCGGUGGCAGUUAAGAAGAUACUGAAUAAUCUGGGUCAAGCAGAGAAAGAAUUUAGAGUGGAAGUUGAAGCUAUUGGUCAUGUGCGCCAUAAAAACUUGGUUCGUCUGCUGGGAUACUGCAUUGAAGGGAUUCACAGGAUGUUGGUUUAUGAGUAUGUCAAUAAUGGAAACUUAGAGCAGUGGCUUCAUGGAGCAAUGCGUCAGCAUGGAUAUCUUACUUGGGAGGCCCGCAUGAAGGUUCUUCUCGGCACGGCUAAAGCUCUUGCCUACUUGCAUGAAGCCAUUGAGCCAAAAGUGGUGCACCGAGACAUUAAGUCGAGCAACAUAUUGAUUGAUGAUGACUUCAAUGCCAAGGUAUCUGAUUUUGGUCUAGCCAAGUUGCUGGGUGCUGGAAAAAGUCAUGUCACUACUCGAGUUAUGGGAACUUUUGGGUAUGUCGCACCAGAAUAUGCAAAUACCGGCCUUUUAAAUGAGAAGAGUGAUGUCUAUAGCUUUGGGGUUUUGCUCUUAGAAGCAAUUACUGGAAGGGACCCUGUGGACUAUGGCCGUCCUACCCACGAGGUAAAUUUGGUUGAGUGGCUGAAAAUGAUGGUUGGAAGCCGGCGAUCAGAAGAAGUUGUAGACCCAAACAUGGAGCCAAGGCCAUCAACAAGAGCCCUAAAACGUGCCCUUUUAACUGCUUUGAGGUGUGUCGAUCCAGAGUCUGAAAAAAGACCCAAGAUGAGCCAGGUUGUCCGUAUGCUUGAAUCCGAAGAGUAUCCCAUCCCAAGAGAGGAUCGAAGGCACCGAAGAACUCAGGCAGGUAGCAUGGAGAUCGAGUCCCAGAAGGAGUUUUCUGAUACAGAGAAGAGUGAUAACCCCGAUUCAAGAUCAAAUAGCAGAGGCUACCAGCGUACGUAACCAAACAAGUGAUUUGUUUUGAUGAUCGAAGGGAUUACAUAAAGUGAGGGCAAAUCUUACAAUUUUUCCAACCCAUUGAAUUCUUGGGUUUGCCUACCUUGGCCGGGAGGGUUUGGUGGGUGAGCAAGUGGAUGAUCUUUCAUUCUUCAUUUUUUUUUCUUUUACUCUGGUUUCUUGUAGAUGGAGAGAUUAUUGUUUUUGUAUGAAAGUGGUGUGAAGAAUCCAAUAGAUUGGGGCUGUGUACAGAAUUUGAUAGAUCCUUAAAUUUGUUUGAUAAA